CUUCAAUCAUACAGUAUUUAUUUAUUUAAUUUAAUCAGACAGAUCACUGAAGACGUUAUAGCUGUUAUGAAUGUUCGCCUUCUUCUAUUGGAAUCAACUAUUUUAUUUCUCAGUCGAGAAGCAUUUAGGAGAGCAUGUCUUUCCAAAACUGUCAAUCAUAACUGGACACAAGUCAUUAAUCUUCUGUGGCUCACAGUGCCAUUAUGCUGCAUUUUGAGCGCAAUAUUUGGCUGGAUAUGGCUAACUGUUCUGGAGAUACCAGAUCCGGCUAUUACCAGACACUACACAAUCGGUGUGUGGACUAUAAUUAUCAGUUGUAUCUUGGAAAUGCUGAUAGAACCUCUGGAUCUUGUUUCGCAGGCAUUCCUCUUUGUUAAACUGAGGGUGGUGCUGGAUACAAUACACGUACUGUUGCGUACGUGCAUCUUCAUAUCAAUAGUGGUGCUGUGGCCUGAGGGAGCUGUGGUUGCAUUUUCUGUCGCUCAAAUAUCGACUGUCAUCGUCCACAUUGCCGGCUUCCUAAUUUACUUCUCUCAUUACAUUAAUGAGCGCAAUAAUAGCAAGGAGGACGAUGCAAAAAGUGACUUUCCUUUCACCAGUAUGACUCAGUUUUUGCCACAAAUUCCCGAAGGACAGGCAGUUGUCGACUGGAAUCUGUGCAUCCUGACAUGGACGUUCAUGAAGCAAGGCGUGAUGAAACAGGUGCUGACAGAGGGCGAGAGGUACAUCAUGACUCUGUUCUCAGUGCUCACAUUCUCCGAGCAGGGUGUGUUCGACAUUGUCAACAACCUGGGUUCACUGGCUGCUCGACUUCUGUUCAGACCCAUAGAGGACAACGCCUACUUCUAUUUCUCGCAGCGCGUUCACCGGGAUACGCCCUUGCCGGAGCAAAGUUUGGCGCAAAUAACAGAAGCAUCAACUGUUCUGAGACAGCUGCUUCGAACGGUGGCGAGUAUAGGUCUGGUGAUCCUGGUGUUUGGCCAGGCUUACGCCCGACUGGCUCUGCUGCUAUAUGGUGGCAGCAGGCUGGCCACUGGUCUGGCUCCAUGGCUGUUGCGCGCGCACUCUAUGGCCAUUCUAUUCAUUGCCGUCAAUGGCACCACCGAGGGGUACUCGCUCGCCACUAUGGAUGCUAGUCAGUUGAAUAGGUUUAACAAAUGGAUGGUGAUAUUAUCGAUAGGAUUUCUGUUUGUAUCAUGGCUGCUCACUACGCUUUUUGGUAGCUUGGGCUUCAUUCUUGCCAAUUGUUGUAAUAUGGCUGCUAGGAUAACACACAGUAUUAUAUUCAUCAAAAAACAGUAUGAAAAGACUUAUUUUAAUCCUCUGGCAGGAUUGAUCCCAGGAAAACGAUUUCUGUCUACAUUAGUAUUUUCGUUUAUUGUCACUAUAUCAUCGGAGGUAAGCUAAUAAUUCCAAUCUUAUAUUUCUCUCAUGUUCUGAGGAUGAGUUUCAAGAAUCUAUUGUUCUGUUCUUUUGCACUAAGUAUUUCAAUAACAUAAUCU